AUGGCAGAAGCCCUAUCAAAAUCAGGUUCAAAGCCAUCUGCUGUUCGAGCUGUUUGUUUAGGUGUAUCUGGUGUCAACCAUCCAAAUGAUCAGGAGAGGAUAUUAAAUUGGCUAAGAGACAUAUUCCCAGGCCAUGUGAAGCUGUAUGUUCGGAAUGAUUCUGUAGCAGCUCUUGCAAGUGGGACAAUGGGGAAACUGCAUGGCUGCGUUUUAAUUGCAGGUACGGGGACCAUUUCUUAUGGAUUUACUGAAGAUGGAAGAGAAGCUCGUGCUGCUGGUGGAGGACCUGUCUUGGGUGAUUGGGGCAGUGGUUAUGGAAUUGCUGCUCUGGCAUUGACAGCUGUAGUGAGGGCUCACGACGGACGUGGUCCACAAACAAUGCUUACCACUAGUAUUUUGCAGUCACUUGGUCUUGAUUCCCCAGAUGAACUCAUAGGGUGGACCUAUGCAGAUCCAUCUUGGGCCCGCAUUGCAGCACUUGUUCCAAUAGUGGUAUCCUGUGCCGAAGCUGGUGAUCCAAUUGCAAACGAGAUCUUAAACGAUGCAGUGCAAGAAUUGGCUCAAAGUGUGAAGGCUGUUGUUCAAAGACUAUGCUUGGCUGGGGAAGAUGGAAUGGGUUCUUUCCCUGUUGUCAUGGUCGGUGGUGUCCUUGAAGCUAACAAGAGGUGGGAUAUAGGGAAAGAAGUUACUGACUCUGUUUUGAAGACCUACCCUGGGGCUUGUCCAAUUAGACCAGAGGUGGAGCCUGCAGUUGGGGCAGCUUUGGUGGCCUGGAAUUUCUUGAUGAAAGAAACAGAAGGGAAUGGCCAUACAUGA